GGCAGGCCAAGUUCGCCCAGACCCCGUCCUUCGCUCUCUUCGUCACCCUGAAGAACGUGGUGUGUAAGAUCGGAGAAGAUGCAGAGGUCCUCAUGUCGCUCUACGACCCUGUUGAGUCAAAGUUCAUCAGUGAGAAUUACCUGGUGCGAUGGUCCAGUCAAGGCCUGGUGAAAGAUAUAGACCAGCUCCAUAACCUGAGAUCAGUCUUCACUGACCUUGGCAGUGAGGACUUAAAGAGAGAGAAGAUCAGCUUUGUGUGCCAGAUCGUUAGAGUCGGACGGAUGGAGCUGCGUGACAACAACACCAAGAAGCUGACCUCUGGGCUGAGGAGACCCUUUGGAGUGGCAGUAAUGGAUGUGACUGACAUCAUAACAGGCAAGAUGGAUGAUGAGGACAAGCAGCAUUUCAUCCCUUUCCAGCCGGUGGCUGGGGAGAGCGACUUUCUCCAGACCGUCAUCAACAAGGUCAUCGCUGCCAAGGAGGUCAACCACAAGGGACAAGGUCUGUGGGUGACCCUGAAACUGCUUCCGGGUGAUAUCCAUCAGAUCAGGAAGGACUUCCCUCACCUGGUUGACCGUUCCACAGCCGUGGCCCGCAAGAUGGGCUUCCCAGAGAUCAUCAUGCCAGGUGACGUGCGUAACGAUAUCUACGUAACCCUGGUUCAGGGAGAGUUUGAUAAAGGCAGCAAGUCCACCCCCAAGAAUGUCGAGGUCACCAUGACAGUCUACGACGAGGACGGAAAGAAACUGGAGAACGUGAUGUUCCCUGGUGCUGGAGACGAGGGCAUCUUGGAGUACAAGUCUGUCAUCUACUACCAGAUCAAACAGCCACGCUGGUUUGAAACCAUCAAGGUUGCCAUCCCCAUUGAAGACGUGAACCGAAGUCACCUGCGAUUCACCUUCCGCCACCGAUCAUCUCAAGAAUCCAAAGACAAAUCGGAGAAGAUAUUCGCCCUGUCGUUUGUGAAGCUGAUGAGGUACGAUGGGACGACCCUGAGGGACGGAGAGCACGAUCUCAUCGUAUACAAGGCGGAGGCUAAGAAGCUGGAGGACUCGUCUCUGUACCUGAACCUGCCUGCUACCAAGGUGGAGCUGGAGGAGAAGGGAUUGUCCACUACAGGGAAGGGUUCACACAACCUGGGCAACUGUACCAUCAGCAAGGACUCCUUCCAGAUAGCAACCCUGGUGUGUUCCACCAAGCUCACACAGAACGUGGAUCUGUUGGGCCUGCUGAAGUGGCGCUCCAACACCAGCCUCCUACAGCAGAACCUCCGACAGCUGAUGAAGGUCGAGGGAGGAGAGGUCGUCAAGUUUCUGCAGGACACCCUUGAUGCCCUGUUUAACAUUAUGAUGGAGAACUCAGACAGUGACACGUUUGACACCCUGGUGUUUGAUUCCUUGGUAUUCAUAAUUGGACUCAUUGCAGACAGAAAGUUUCAGCACUUUAACCCCGUCCUUGAGACCUACAUAAGGAAGCAUUUCAGUGCUACUCUGGCGUACACGAAGCUGACCAAGGUUUUGAAGAACUAUGUGGAGAAUGCAGAGAAGCUGACGGAACAGCUGCUGAAGGCCAUGAAAGCUCUGGAGUACAUAUUCAAGUUUAUAGUGCGUUCCAGGGUCCUCUUCAACCAACUGUAUGAGAACAAAGGAGAAGCAGACUUCAUGGAGUCCUUGAGGAAUCUCUUCACUUCCUUCAAUGACAUGAUGAACAUCAACUCUGAGAACACAGGCAUGGUGAAGGGCGCAGCGUUGAGAUACUGUCCCCACCAUUGAACUGACGUCAAACUGGUCUUCGAUCCCAAGGAGCUCAGUAAGCUGUUCACAGAGUUCAUUCUGAAGGUUCCUCUGGGUCGUCUGGUCAAACAGAAGCUGAACUGCCUCAUCGACAUCGUCCACAGUGAUCUCUUCACACAGCAUGACUGCCGGGAGAUCCUGCUUCCUCUGAUGACAGAACAGCUGAAGUUUCAUCUAGAGAACCAGGAGGAACUGGAGGCCUGCUGUCAGCUGCUGAGUAACAUACUAGAGGUCCUCUACAGGAAGGAUGUGGGUCCUACUCAGUGGCAUGUCCAGAUCAUCAUGGAGAAGCUCCUGAGGACCGUCAACAGAACAGUCAUCUCCAUGGGCAGAGACUCUCCUCUCAUUGUAAGUGACUCUUCUUCAAACCUCCCAAACCAACCUCAUGAACCUCCUAGAAGUCUCUUCCUACUUCUUCCCUACUCUACUGUGUCUGUGAAUCUGACAACCAGGAUUUCAGGAAAAACCCUGACAACUUCUGAUAAAAGUUUCUACAAUUUUGCAACUCUUAUCCUCCCUCUGCGACAUCAACUUCAAUCCACAGCACCGCAGAGCGAUAGAAACCUUGUUGUAAGUGAGUCGUCCCUCGACUCCCACAGCUUCAUGUAGAUUCAGUCCAAAGGU